GGAAAUAGCAGAUAAAUGCCCCGUAAGCGACCACAGAGAGAAAGAAUGAGUGGGAUUUCGGCUCCACCAUCUUCCCUCUCCCCACCUCGUCUGACUACGAAAAUUAACCCCUUUUGUUCUCCUUCUUCUUCUUCUUUUGCUUACUGUGUUGAUUCUCGAAGCCCUUUUCAUUCCUCAGACUCUGAAUUCAGGAGCAUUAGCCUCAGAGGAGGGUUUCCCAAGCUCAGUUUACAUUGUCGCAGCAGCAGCAGCCCACCUGGAGCUCCCGGAUCAGGUGAUAACGACAGCAGGACCAUUCUAGAUGCUUUUUUCUUAGGCAAGGCUUUGGCAGAAGCAAUCAAUGAACGUAUCGAAUCUACAGUAGGGGAGUUGUUGAGUGCAGUUGGGAGGUUGCAAGCUGAGCAACAGAAGCAAGUGCAAGAAUUCCAGGAUGAUGUGUUUGAGAGAGCAAAGAGAGCCAAGGAGAAAGCGGCACGAGAAGCCAGGGAAGCCCAAGGACUUAUUCCCAAUUCUACUACAGCAGUGAUACCAGUAUCCAGUGAUGUUGCUAUUACAUCAAUUUCACCUUCAUCAGAGUCAACCUCCUCAACAACUAAAGAGGAUCCAGUUGACCAGGAUCCUUUUAUUGGGAAGACAAACGAUGACUGAAAUUCUUUUGUCCCUUUAGGGUUAUGUGUUAUGUUCCUAGUCUGAUCCAUUCUCUUUGGAUUCAAGCAAAACACUCUUUCAUCAAUGAAAGAAGAGAAUAUCUAUCUAUUUCAUAGAAGUAGGUUCAGAGUAUGCUUUUGUGAACCAUAAUAAAACAGUCACAUUUGAAAGCUC